AUGGCCCCAGACCCCGAACCCGCCGCGCAGGCGUACUUCCACAAAGUCGCCCAGCUCAAGGGCGUGUAUGGGAUCGCGCUCAACCGACCCAAGUCGAAGAAUGCUAUCUCUGUUCAGCUGCUCGAGCCCUCCGUCCAAUGCCUCAUCUUCCAUUCCUCGACGCCGGGCUGCUUCUGCUCUGGCGCGGACCUGAUUGAGCGACGUCAGAUGUCUGACGCGGAUGUGCAUCGCUUCCUCGCCAACCUGCGCCGCGUCUUCAGUCGCAUCGACCACCUCGAGUUCCCCUCUAUCUGCGCCAUCGACGGUCCGGCGCUCGGCGGUGGGCUUGAGCUGGCGCUGACGUGCGAUUUCCGCAUUGCUGCCCGCAACGUGACAAAAAUCAGCUUUCCAGAAACUCGCCUGGGUAUCAUCCCAGGCGGCGGCGGCACGCAGCGCGCGCCACGCCUCAUUGGCUUGACGAAGGCCAAGGAGCUCAUCUUCACCGGACGCGAGCUCACCGCCGCAGAUGCGCAGGAGCUUGGUCUUGUCGACUACGUUGCCGACCACACUCAAACGGCAUACGAGCGCGCCCUCCUCCUCGCCGCCGAGAUCGCCAAAAGCGCACCACUCGCACUUCGCGCCGCCAAAGCCGCCAUCUCGCGCUCACUCGAGUUUUCGUUGGACGAUGCCUUGGACUACGAGCGCUCGUGCUAUGAACCGCUGCUAAAGACGCAGGAUCGAACGGAGGCGCUGGAUGCUUUUAGGGAGAAGCGCGCGCCGGUGUUUGUAGGGAAAUAG